GUCGCCGCCGAACCUUCCUCGCUCCUCGCCCACUUCGCCCUUCACCGCAGCCCAGUCAUCUUCCUCUCUCUGUAGCACCCUCACCUUCCUCGCCCUUCAUCGCACCCCUCACCUUCCUCCCCCCUCGCCGACGUCGCCCUUCACCCCGUCGGAAUGCCUUCGUCACUGCUGCCUCUCUUCACCGGCAGAAUAACGUGAAUGGCCCCUGUUUGUCAAAACCAAUUAUUGGGCAUGUCUUAUUUGAGAAAAGUCUCAGCUGGGAGUAACAUAGAGAUAGGUGAAUAUCGUAGCUAAUAGUGCAUGAUAAUGAGGACCCACAUCAUCAAUUUCAUAACCAAAUACCCCCACCAGCCUUCCAUGGGUGUCCGGUCGAAAGUGACCUCUUCCCAGUAUGUAGCAUCAAGAGCUAGAGACCCUGUCUUUGAGAAACUGAUGGACAAGUACAAACACCUUGUCAAAGUGAUUGCCAUCCAAGACCUCAUCCUUGCAAACCCAAAGAACGAAUGUGUAUCUCUUGACUUCUUGUCCAGGCUCUCCCAAAGGCUCCACCUCAACCGCGGUGCCCCUGCCUUCCUACGCAAAUAUCCUCACAUUUUCCACAUUUUCUAUAAUCCCACCAAGUCCCAGCCCUUCUGUAGAUUAACCGAUGCUGCUUUUGAGAUCUCGUGCCUUGAAGCAGAGGUUAUUAAUGCUUCGUUGCCACUUGUUGUUGACCGUUUGUUACGGCUUCUGUCAAUGUGCCAAUCCAAAAUGUUGCCACUUCGUGCCAUUUUCAAAGUUUGGAGGGAACUUGGACUUCCUGAUGAUUUUGAGGACUCGGUGAUAGCUCAAAACUCUCAUCUUUUUCAGCUUUGUGAUGCUCAUGAACCCAGUACGCAUAUCUUGAAACUGGCUGAUGUGAGUCCUAGUUGUCGCUAUGCGGCAGCAGUUGAGAAUUGGAGGGUUGGGGAGUGUUGUAAGCAGGACUGCAGCGUUGAUAGGAUGGAAAUGAGAUAUAGUUUUAAGCAUGAGUACCCUCCAGGUAUGAAGUUGAGCAAGAAUUUUAGGGCCAAGGUUAAACAGUGGCAGAGACUGCCUUAUGUGGGACCAUACGAGGAGAUGGGAGAGGAGAGGGCUAAGGCUGGAAUGAUGACACUGGAGAAACGGGCUGUUGCAAUCGUUCAUGAAUUCUUGAGCUUGACAGUGGAGAAGAUGGUGGAAGUGGAGAAAAUCAGCCAUUUUAGGAAAUGGUUUGGGAUUGACUUAAAUAUUAGGGAUUUAUUCUUGGAUCAUCCGGGAAUAUUUUAUUUGUCCACCAAGGGAAAGAGACAUACUGUCUUUUUGAGAGAAGCAUAUGAGAGGGGAUGUUUGAUUGAACGAAAUCCAGUUUAUAAUGCCAGAAGAAUGCUUCUUGAUCUUGUUGCCUUGGGAAGGCGUGGUUUGUUUACUGAUGAAUGAGGCCAAGUACAUUUUUGGUUGCAACUGCAAGGAGGCUGAGUUGCAGGAAGAGGACAUGACACCAAGAUUAUGACUUUUGAGUAUCCUGACUAAAGCCUUUCAACUUCCAGUACCAGGUGCAUCAUUAUUUUUUCCAUCCAUUUUUGUUCUUCCAUUAUUGCUUUGUGCUGGUUAUCAUGUAUCCUAGGGUGUUCACUUCAUUGCCUCUGCCUGAAUGUAAAUUAAAGGGUGCAAAUCUGUUCAAGAUGAUCAUAUUAAAGAAUCUUGUGGAGGUGAUACCUCUCUCUCUCUCUCCCCCUCUGCGCGCGUGCACAUUAGUGCAUUUUCUAUAAUAUAGAAUUACUUGGAUUAA